CCCUUCCCCAGGAAGCGUCCUGGUCUCAGAGACAGCGGUCCAUGGCUUACGGGCUGCCGGGCGUCCGGGGGAGGCUGCUGAGCUCCGGGCCAUGGUCCAGUCUCGCCGGACCUGGAACCUGGGAGCCACGCCCUCGCUGCGCGGCCUGUGGAGAGUGGGCCGGGCCCCGGAGCCCGAGCGGGGGAUGGCUCGCCCCGCCCCAGCCAGCCCCGCCGCCCGCCCUUUCCCACACACCGGCCCAGGGAGGUUGAGAACUGGGCGUGGAAAAGACACCCUGGCCGGUGGAGAUGAGGACUCUGGUGCCCGAAGCGCAGCUCGCCCAGCCCUAGCGCAGUGCCGAGCCCUCAGCGUGGGCUGCACUGGCCCCGGGAGCCCCCGCCGGCUCUACCUGAGCGUGCAGCAGGCCCUGCAGGACAGGGGGCACAAGAGCAAGAGUCAGGGGACGAAAGAAGAGAAGCCCCUGAAGAGACAGGCGCCAGCCCCCGGGCGGGACCGGGAGGCCCAGGAAGCUGGUGGCACCAUGAAUGUAGAGAGAACAGGUGGGCGGCUCUUUGGCAGCGGGAGGUGCUCGAGCCUGUCAGGGCCACCAGGUGGAGCCCCCAUGGUACAUAGGAUGGUGGAGGCCAUGUCCCAGCUACAGGAGGAGAAAGUCCGGCUGCAGGAGGAGCUGGCAGCCCUACGGGAGAGGCUGGCCCUCCGAGACAGUAACCAGCAAGCCACAUCCACCCAGCUGCAGAACCAGGUGGGAAGCCUGAAGGGGAAGCUCAUCAGCCAGGCCCAGGAAGUGAGCCGCCUCCGACCAGAGCUGGGAGGCACGGACUUGGAGAAGCACCGGGACCUGCUGAUGGUGGAGAAUGAGCGACUGAGGCAGGAGAUGCGGCGCUGUGAGGCCGAGCUCCAGGAGCUGCGUGCGAAGCCGGUGGCCGCCCCCUGCACGGGCUGCGAGCACAGCCAGGAAAGCGCCCAGCUCCGGGACAGGCUGUCACAGCUGCAGCUGGAAGUGGCGGAGAACAAAAGCAUGCUGUCCGAGCUGAACCUGGAGGUGCAGCAGAAGACUGACCGGCUGGCCGAGGUGGAGCUGCGGCUCAAGGACUGCCUGGCCGAGAAGGCGCAGGAGGAGGAGCGGCUCAGCCGGCGCCUGCGUGACAGCCACGAGACCAUCGCCAGCCUGCGGGCCCAGUCGCCGCCCAUCAAGUAUGUCAUCAAAACGGUGGAGGUGGAGUCGUCCAAGACAAAGCAGGCCCUCAGUGAGUCUCAGACCCAGAACCAGCACCUGCAGGAGCAGGUGGCCAUGCAGAGACAGGUGCUGAAGGAGAUGGAGCAGCAGCUGCAGAGCUCGCACCAGCUGACCUCUCAGCUCCGGGCACAGAUCGCCAUGUACGAGUCGGAGCUGGAGCGGGCACAUGGGCAGAUGCUGGAGGAGAUGCAGUCCCUGGAGGAGGACAAGAACCGGGCCAUCGAGGAGGCCUUUGCCAGAGCCCAGGUGGAGAUGAAGGCUGUGCACGAGAACCUGGCAGGCGUACGGACCAACCUGCUGACGUUGCAGCCAGCACUGCGGACCCUCACUAAUGACUACAAUGGGCUCAAGCGGCAGGUUCGAGGCUUCCCCCUGCUACUGCAGGAAGCCCUCAAGAGCGUCAAGGCUGAGAUUGGCCAGGCCAUCGAGGAGGUCAACAACAACAACCAGGAGCUGCUGCGCAAGUACCGCCGGGAGCUGCAGCUGCGCAAGAAAUGCCACAAUGAGCUUGUGCGGCUGAAAGGGAACAUCCGGGUGAUUGCGCGCGUUCGGCCAGUCACCAAAGAGGAUGGGGAAGGACCUGAGGCCAUCAAUGCAGUGACCUUCGACCCCGACGAUGACUCCAUCAUCCACCUGGUGCACAAAGGAAAGCCUGUGUCCUUCGAGCUGGACAAGGUCUUCUCCCCGAGGGCCUCGCAGCAGGACGUGUUCCAGGAGGUGCAGGCCCUGAUCACCUCCUGCAUAGACGGCUUCAAUGUCUGCAUCUUCGCCUACGGCCAGACGGGUGCCGGCAAGACGUACACGAUGGAGGGGACCCCUGAGAACCCGGGCAUCAACCAGCGGGCCCUGCAGCUGCUCUUCUCUGAGGUGCAGGAGAAGGCAUCCGACUGGGAGUACACCAUCUCUGUCAGCGCCGCUGAGAUCUACAACGAGGCCCUCAGGGACCUGCUGGGGCAGGAGCCCCAGGAGAAACUGGAGAUCCGGCUGUGCCCAGACGGCAGCGGGCAGCUGUACGUGCCAGGGCUGACUGAGUUCCAGGUGCAGAGUGUGGAGGACAUCAACAAGGUGUUUGAGUUCGGCCACACCAACCGCACCACGGAGUUCACCAACCUGAAUGAGCACAGCUCCCGCUCGCACGCCCUGCUCAUCGUCACGGUGCGUGGCGUGGACUGCAGCACCGGCCUCCGCACCACCGGGAAGCUGAACCUGGUGGACUUGGCUGGCUCUGAGCGUGUGGGCAAGUCUGGGGCUGAGGGCAGCCGCCUGCGGGAGGCGCAGCACAUCAACAAGUCCCUGUCGGCCCUGGGGGACGUCAUCGCUGCCCUGCGCUCCCGGCAGGGCCACGUGCCCUUCCGCAACUCCAAGCUCACCUACCUCCUGCAGGACUCGCUCAGUGGGGACAGCAAGACCCUCAUGGUGGUGCAGGUGUCCCCUGUGGAGAAGAACACCAGCGAGACCCUCUACUCCCUCAAGUUUGCUGAGAGGGUCCGCUCUGUGGAGCUGGGCCCCGGGUCCCGCAGGGCAGAGCUGGGGUCCUGGUCCAGCCAGGAGCAUCUGGAGUGGGAGCCAGCCUGCCAGAUGCCACAGCCCUCGGCACGAGCCCACUCAGCCCCAGGCUCUGGGACCUCUAGCCGCCCAGGCUCCAUCCGGAGGAGGCUGCAGCCCUCGGCCUGAGGCUGAGGCUGCGGUCUCCAGGGAAGUCGAGGCCGUUGCCUGUGUGAUGGACCGUGUGCCAGAGGCGGGCCUGAGCCUCACUGGCCUGCUCCCACUGCAGCGCUGGGAGCCCGGGAGGCGGAGGCCAGAGAGGCGGCUCCUGUACUGUCUCCCCUGAGAUGAGAAACACGUGCAGAAGGAAAUGGCGUCUCUCUGCUGUGGCUCUUGGUGCAAAUGACGAGGGCUGGAAGGGCGGGGCUGGCCUGCUCCACCUGGCAGGCUGACCCUCAGGGGAGGGCAGCAGUGUUUGGAGGGUGGCCCCGGCCCGAGCUGGCCCCAUUCUCCCAGCCUGCGGGGUGCCCCUGUGGUGGGUGGCCGAGAAGCCCCUGGGAGGCACAGGAACCAUGGGAGCGGGCUGGUUGGUGGGCACCCAGGGGCUGUAUAUAGUGUCCAUUGGUGUACAUAAGAGCACGGCCCAGCCUGCCACGGCCGGACUGUAUUUAUGGCUGGCAGGAGGCGGGGGCGGGGAUCCUGCUGUUCCUCUCAUCCGCCUGACACCAGGCUCUCCUUGCUCACUGGCCUCUUGACGUUUUCCUUCCUCUGAAAUCCUAUUUAAGAACUUUUGGAAGCUUAGCCAUUUUUACUUAUUAAAAUAAAAGCCUUUUUACACAA